AUGAUCAAUCAACAGAAUCCACCAAAUGUGAAGUUGAGGUUGCUUGGAAAAAGAGGUCGGGAUGGAAGGACUUAUAAACCACCUUCUGUUUCGGAGGUGGCCAUGCUUGUGGUAGGGGAUUUUGAUCACGCAUUAGGUGAUAGAGACAUUAUUGUUGAAAAACAGUCAGGAAAACUACAACGCAUUAGUGAACUUCAUCCUUCAUAUCUUUCAUUGCAAUAUCUUUUGUUGUUCCCUUAUGGGGAGGAUGGUUACACAGAAUUUAUAGGUUUUUCUGAUUCUUCUACAUCCUCAUUGUCCAAUAGAAAGAGAGUUAGCCCUAAAGAGUUUUAUUCGUACCGCAUGCAUGACAGAGUUGCUGAGUGUUCUAUUAUUUUGUAUGCCAAGCGAUUGUUUCAACAAUUUAUUGUUGAUGCGUACACUAUGAUUGAGUCUGGUCGUUUGACGUUUUUACGAACACAACAGAAGAAAUUGCAUGCUGAGAUUUAUAGCGGUUUGGAAGAGGCCGUUCUACAUGGUGAAACUGAUAGUUCCAGGCAUGGAAAACGAGUUAUCUUGCCUUCCAGUUUUGUUGGUGGUGCCCGAUAUAUGAUUCAGAAUUACCAAGAUGCGAUGGCUAUUUGUAGAUGGAUUGGCUAUCCAAACCUCUUUAUAACAUUUACGUGCAAUCCUAAGUGGCCUGAGAUUGGUAGGUUUGUUAGGUCUAGGGGUUUAAAAUCUGAUUAUCGCCCUAAUAUCGUCAGUAUGAUGUUUAAAGUGAAGUUGGAUGGUUUCAUAAGGGAUGUUAAGAGUAAAAAAAUAUUUGGAGCCGUUAAAGCAGUUGUUUACACCAUUGAGUUUGAAAAGCGUAGAUUGCCACAUGCACAUCUUUUAUAUGUAUCAUCCUGUGAAGCUGCUUGGAGAAUUUUUGGGUUUGAGAUUCAGUACAAGGAUCCUUCAGUUGAAAGAUAUAUAUCAUUCUGUGAAGCUGCUUGGAGAAUUUUUGGGUUUGAGAUUCAGUACAAGGAUCCUUCAGUUGAAAGGUUGAGUUUUAAUCUUUCUAAUGAACAACAUAUCAUUUUUGAUGAAGCUGAUUCCUUGGAUAAUGUUAUGAACCAGAGGACAAUUCAUGAGAGUAAGUUCUUAGGUUGGAUGGAGGCAAAUAAGAUUUAUUCUGAAGGAAGAAAUUUGACAUAUGGUGAAUUUCCCAGCAAGUUUGUGUGGAAGAAAGAUCACUGGCAACCUAGAAAGCAACGUUAUUCGAUUGGGAGGUUGUUUUAUGUUGCCCCUGGUUCUGGUGAUAUGUAUUACUUGAGAUGUCUGUUGAAUGUCGUUAAGGGAGCUACAUGCUUUGAAGAUCUUAGAUUUGUUAAUGGUGUUCAGUAUGAUACCUUUCGAGAUGCAUGCUUCGCUUUUGGAUUGUUGGAUGAUGAUAAGGAGUAUAUUGAUGGAAUAGUUGAGGCUUAUUUUUGGUCCUCUGCUUAUUCACUAAGAUUUCUCUUUGUAACUAUGUUGUCAUCAGAAUCUGUGUCUCGACCGGAUGUGGUUUGGCAAAAGUGUUGGAAACAUUUAUCUGAUAAUGUUGUUUAUAACCAAAGAAAAUUGAGGAAUCAAGCGGAAAUUAAAAAUUAUGUGUUGGCUGAUAUUGAGAAAUUGUUAAAGAAUGUUGGUAAAAGUUUGCGAGAUUACCAUGGUAUGCCGUAUUCAGAAUCCCAGUAUAUUGAAACAUCUGAAAAUACAUUGGUCAGCGAUGAGUUGUGUUAUGAUCGUGAAGCUUUAAGUAGAGAACACUUGGAAUAUCUUUUGAAGUUCACGGAUGAGCAACGAAUUCGUUCGAAGGGAGGUAUUGUGUUAAAUGUGGCGUCCAGUGGCAUUGCCUCUUUAUUGUUACCUGGAGGUAGAACCGCUCACUCACGUUUUAAGAUUCCUAUCAAUGUUAAUGAAGAUUCUGUGUGCAACAUAAAACAAGGGACAAAUCUUGCCGAGCUUAUAAUAAGUGAGUCCAGUAUGGACAAACCUUUUGGUGGAAAAACUGUAGUCUUUAGUGGUGACUUUAGACAAAUAUUACAUGUUGUUCCCAAAGGGAGUCAACAGAAUGUUGUGAAUGCCACCAUUAAUUCCUCAUAUCUUUGGAGUAGUUGUACAGUAUUGAGGUUGACAAAAAACAUGAGACUUUUGAGUGUUGAAGAUCCUGUUGAAGCUUCUAAGUUGAAGGAAUUUUCUUCUUGGGUGGCUUCUGUAGGUGAUGGAGUUGUUGGAGGUCCGAAUGACGGUGACGUUGUUAUUGAUCUUCCGUCUCACGUUGUACUGUCUAAUGAUGGAGAUCCUCUUAAAACCAUUGUUGAGAAGAUUUAUCCUUCUUAUAUGGAUCCUGAGGAGUUGAUCAAUUGUUUGCAUGAUCGUGCUAUACUUGCUCCCACGCUUGAUGUUGUUGAUGAGAUUAACCAGUUCCUGAUUUCGAUGGAUCAGUCUCAAGGUCGAGUGUAUUUGAGCUCUGAUAGCAUUUCAAAUUCUGACUCCACUUCGAAUGGUUCUGCUGACAUACAUUCAGUCAAAUUUUGGAAUAAUUUGAAGUGUUCAGGUAGCUUAGACACCAUCGAAGGAGGAAUACCAGAAGUGGUACUACAACUGGAAGGUAACCCAAGAAGGAUGGCUGCCCAAGUAGACGAUGACCAAGAGAUCGGAUCGCUGAACGCGCAUGCCGACGGAGAACCGCCGCAAGCCAUAGUUGUCACUCCGGGACAGACAGCUUGCGAUGUGAAGCUCCAUGUUAUCGCAAUUCUACCCACGUACUGUGAAAAGAGCUAUGAAUGGCCCUACGAGUUCCUUCAUGAGUUCUGUAAGAUUUGA